CGCGGCUGCCGGGGCAUAUUCGUUUCUGGGCUCUCGUGACGAGUUAGCGUGCGUCUUGUCGUUCGGUUUCAUCAAAGUAUUCUUCGAAGAGGUCCAACAGACUACCAAGCAACAUGAGGGAAAUCGUCCACAUUCAAGCCGGCCAGUGCGGAAACCAAAUUGGCGCAAAGUUUUGGGAAAUAAUCAGUGACGAGCAUGGCAUCGACCCAACCGGUACCUAUCACGGCGACUCCGACCUCCAGUUGGAACGCAUCAACGUCUAUUACAAUGAGGCGUCCGGUGGUAAAUACGUGCCACGUGCCAUCCUCGUCGACUUGGAGCCGGGAACCAUGGACUCCGUUCGUUCUGGACCUUUCGGACAGAUCUUCAGACCCGACAACUUCGUGUUCGGUCAGUCUGGAGCCGGUAACAAUUGGGCCAAGGGUCACUACACCGAGGGAGCCGAAUUAGUCGACUCCGUUCUCGACGUCGUCAGGAAGGAAGCCGAGAGCUGCGACUGCCUCCAGGGAUUCCAGCUCACUCACUCUCUCGGCGGUGGUACCGGAUCCGGUAUGGGCACUCUGCUCAUCUCCAAGAUCCGCGAGGAAUACCCCGACAGAAUCAUGAACACGUACUCGGUCGUUCCCUCUCCAAAAGUAUCCGAUACCGUCGUAGAACCCUACAACGCUACCCUCUCCGUACAUCAACUGGUAGAAAAUACCGACGAGACUUACUGUAUCGACAACGAGGCCCUUUACGAUAUCUGCUUCCGCACCCUGAAACUCUCCACACCCACCUACGGCGACUUGAAUCACCUCGUCUCACUCACGAUGUCCGGUGUCACGACCUGCCUGAGGUUCCCCGGUCAGUUGAACGCUGAUCUUAGAAAACUCGCUGUAAACAUGGUACCGUUCCCACGUCUCCACUUCUUCAUGCCAGGAUUCGCUCCACUCACGUCUCGCGGCAGUCAACAGUACAGAGCCCUCUCGGUACCAGAGCUCACGCAACAGAUGUUCGACGCUAAGAACAUGAUGGCCGCCUGCGACCCCAGACACGGAAGGUAUCUCACUGUUGCAGCUAUCUUCCGUGGCAGGAUGUCGAUGAAGGAGGUGGACGAACAAAUGCUGAACAUCCAGAACAAGAACAGCUCGUACUUCGUCGAAUGGAUCCCCAACAACGUCAAGACUGCCGUCUGCGACAUCCCACCUCGCGGUCUGAAAAUGUCUGCCACCUUCAUUGGAAACUCCACCGCCAUCCAGGAACUGUUCAAGAGAAUCUCCGAGCAGUUCACCGCUAUGUUCAGGAGGAAAGCUUUCCUUCAUUGGUACACCGGCGAGGGCAUGGACGAGAUGGAAUUCACCGAGGCGGAAUCCAACAUGAACGAUCUGGUUUCGGAAUACCAACAGUACCAGGAAGCUACUGCGGACGAGGACGCAGAAUUCGACGAGGAACAGGAAGCCGAGGUCGACGAGAACUAAAGACCUCUCUAUCUACAGCCAACCAAUCCCCCUCCGUUAUCUCUCUUCACUCAUACUGCUUUUCGAUUCCGCCGUUUAUCUUUCGUCUUUGAUUUCUGUUAUUCUUCGAUUUCAUUUUUUUUUACAGACUUUCUCUUUUACCACCAUGGCUCAAUCAGGCGCGCUUUUUCUUUAUUAGUACCGCACUCUGCAUAACUCGAAAGAAAUACUCUAUUUGUCGGUCCGUUAAUUAUUAUUAUUAUUUUUUAUUUUCUACGUCAUUUACUCUUUCGAUUGACCUGUUUACGAGGCGCGUCUUUGUAUCCAGUGUAUAGCCGCUCUCGCGGUCAUCACCGUCUUUAAAUAAAUUAUUACGAUAUAAGUGUAUGUUUUAUAAGAACCCUUUAUUAUAUUAGCCGUGUAAGUGCCCGCAUCAGACGACAUUGGUUUUUGUAUUUAUAAAGUUACAAUUGUAGGCGUAUUUGUAUUUAUAUUUCUCCUCUUUUUAUCUAAUAACUUUUAUACCAUGACAAAUAGAUCUGAAUAAAGUAGAUCAUUCAACCAA